AGGAGCUCAUGAACGCAGCGCCAGUGUCAGUGUGUGAGAGAGAGCAGUGUAGAGGAAGUGGCGGCUGAUCUAGGUCCGCACCUUUUCCGGUAACAUAGCACCGCCACCGCUGUGACUGAACGGUUGGAGAGAGAGGGAGGAAGAGACAGAGAGGGCGGCAAGAACGGGGAGAAACGGACUGGGGACUGGGGGAUGAUUGCCGCAGACAUAGGGGGAAAAGAAGAAAGUCGGAUGAAUCAAUGACCUUUGGGGGACUCUUCCGCUGGAUGUCCCUGUGGAGAAACGGACCAGAGAGGUUGUAUAUUGGUGUGUUUUAAUAAGAAAACACGUUGCUGUGAAAUAAAUCGACUGGAAUUGGCAAAGGGCAAGUGUGGACAGCCGGCAGCAAAGGAGGAAGUGGGAACCCCGGGCUUUGGACGGGGCCUGAUUUAUAUAGUAGGCUUUCUCUAAAAAGCCACUCCGGCUCAACUCAGAGUAGCAUUUUGAAGGAGAAAUAAGACUUGAAAUGUGGGCUUUGAAGGAAGUCUGUGUCCAACAGCUAGUCUGAAACGAGGGAAUGUACAUUUUUUUCUUUUAACAUUGGAGGUCAGUGGAUCAUGAACAUAUAUCUCCACCCAGUUCUGCGAGGGCUCCAUACAUACCGCUCCCAUUGAGAGCUCAAAGUCACCAUCUCAGGUCAGAUGCUUACAGUCCAACUAAAUGUACUGUUAUCUCCUGUUAUCUGUCCAAACUUGAAAGUCGUCGCCUUUGACCAGUGACCUAGUGAUAGCAUCUCCCCACCGCUGCCAUCACGUGGAGGGCUCUGAACACACAUUCAAAGUGUAGCAACUUUUUCUCUCAUUAGAAAAGUUUUUUUUUUCCUCUUCUACCAAACUAUUUAUGCACAGAAAACAAGAUGGGGAAAAUGCUCUCAAAGAUCUUUGGCAACAAGGAGAUGAGAAUAUUGAUGCUUGGACUUGAUGCUGCUGGGAAAACGACCAUCUUGUACAAGCUGAAGCUGGGACAGUCAGUCACCACCAUCCCUACAGUUGGUUUCAACGUGGAGACUGUCACCUAUAAGAAUGUGAAGUUCAAUGUGUGGGAUGUAGGGGGACAGGACAAGAUCAGGCCACUUUGGAGACAUUACUACACAGGCACCCAGGGCCUCAUUUUCGUGGUGGACUGUGCCGACAGGGACAGGAUCGACGAGGCGAGGCAGGAGCUCCACCGAAUCAUCAAUGACCGGGAGAUGAGGGACGCCAUCAUCCUGAUCUUUGCCAACAAACAAGACCUCCCAGAUGCCAUGAAGCCCCACGAGAUCCAGGAGAAGCUUGGCCUGACCCGGAUCAGAGAUAGGAAUUGGUACGUUCAGCCCUCAUGUGCUACAUCAGGAGAUGGACUAUACGAGGGCCUGACCUGGCUUACCUCAAAUUACAAAUCUUAAUGUAUCUCUCCCUCACCAGCCUGGACACUUGGAGGCAAAAACAUUAGCUGAGAAUGAAAACAUGUUUAAAAAAUGCAAUCUAAAGCAAUUAAUACCAUGACCUCUCUGCUAAGUAUGUAUCAAAGAGAGUAGCAGUUAUAUUUUGCUUUACUUUUCUUUUUGAUAAUGAUGGCUUUACUAUAACCCCAGGUUUCUUUCUUUUUCCCUUGUAGUUUGCUUUGGUUGACAUUCUAUGUAAUCAGUGCUGUUUAGAGACACCAUAAGCUUACUUUUGAGUUCUUUCUGCAAGUUUCUUUUUUCCCUCCUUGUAUAAUUUCUGGGGGAGUUUGGGACACGCUGUUAUAGUUUUGCCCCUGCUUAGUUCUCAUUCAGUAUUCUCAUAACCCAGCUACAUAGCCAAAGGAUGGGAAGAGUACAGAAACAUCAGCAUAUCAUUUUCAAGACUCCGACUGCCUUUGUAAGAAUGUGUGUUCUGGUUAUGUUAGGACCUUGACAAAAAUGGCAGUUUUCACAACUGAUUGUACUGGGAUGAAUGAGGAAACGUGUUAGUAGUUAUUUCCUGUGCCACAAUUACAUCCAUAAUGUCAAUUGUGGCUGUUUGUUUGAAAGACUAUGUGGACGCUGGAUAUUCACACACACUGUGAUAUGGAUAUAUAUAUUUUUGUUGUUUCCAGGUCUGAAUAUGUUACCACUAGUCUUAUUGUUUCUCCCAGAGCUUCCAUUACUGUUGAGUAUUUGUAGUCUGAACUGCCUUAGCAGGGGUUACAGGUGCCACAUAGUCAAGACAGUUAGUCUGGCAGAGGGUAUUCUCAGCCACUGAGCUUACACUUUCGGAGGGGCGGGGCGGGGGUUACUGAUUAGCUGGCUGUGCACAUUUUGACUUUCUGUAACUGACUUUUGGACCCCAGCAAGUGUUUACGAACUUCCCAGCUGACCCCCACCUGCAACCUCAAAUGUAGGUGCUUUGGUGACUGCAACUUCUUCUUCUAAUUUUAUUUACAGACACACCAGCUUUUUGUUACUAGCUCAUAGAUACUGUUCUGUUUUAUUUUUGUUCCCUGUUUAUUUUGGCUAUGUUGAUGAAAUAAUAAAAAAAUGUAUAUCCAGAUCAGUGCGGAGGUGACUU